CUUUCCAAAACCAUCCUUGGCUCAAAAUAACACAAAGGAACCCAAACCAAGCUGCCUUUCUCUUUUUCCACCCUCAUUUUUUUCAGUCCUCCUUCUCUUUGUCCUGCAGAGGCACAUUUAUAUUCCAUAUUUUUACCGCAAACGAAUUACUCUUAUCGGAAAAUGGAGCAAGAUAAGCGCAACAAGAAGGGAAAUGUGAUCCCGAACCAUUUCGUUUUCGGACCUCUCAUCAUCGCAUCUUUAUUGACGAAUCUGGUCGGCCUGCAAGGUCUUUCGGCGCACAAGAACGUCGAAAUGACCCCGGCACAAGGAGCGAUUUACGAAUGUGUCCGUCUCUGCGGUUAUCUGCUGUUGAUUAUCUUGAACAUCGUGUUUAUGGGGUUCGCCGCGUUUUUGGGGUACAUUGACGCCAAGAAAAAUGCAGAUGCUAAAAAACCAACCCGUGACGGAAAUAGUUUCACGACAAGUCAACUUAUUGAAUUAGAGAAGCGUUUCCUUUAUCAAAAACAACUUUCUGCCGACGAUGCGGAUGACAUAGCUCGACAAGUAGGACUUUCAACUGGACAGGUAACAACAUGGUUUAAAAAUCGCCGACAAAAACUCGUACGUGACAUGAAAGAGUUGACUGAGGAUGUACAAGCUUGCAAACUACGCCAACCUGGAAACUGGUUAUGUCCCGAAGGCCAGGACCCAAAUUUUAAGAGGGAUCAUCACACCGAAAAUAAAUCUGCGCCAGCUUCGUCCUCCUCUUCAACGUCCGCACCCAUACCGACGGCAAAAGGAGAAAACGACCACGCAAAAGACGACCAGGAUGUAACGGUCCAUGGCACACAAUCAAGAAAACAAAUUUUCAGUUGUAACCUAUCUGAGGAACAAGACAGAUUUGACGGUUACGAAAGUAUGGAAAAUAAAAAUUCAGAAAUUCAGAAUUUGGAAAACUCACCGCCCACUCCGAAAGCGCUUAUUAAAACUGAAGAAGAUUUCACUUGUCGACAAAUUACGGAAUUAGAAAAAAUUUAUCACUUCGAGAGAUUCCCCUCUGCCAAACACGUAGACCAGUUGGCGGAGAAAUUAGGACUCACGAGUGUAGAGGUCUCAAAUUGGUUUCAAGCUCGCCACCAAAAAUCCAUCCGAAACUUAGAAAAGUUAAUCAAGGGCUACAGUUAUCGCUAUCCCAAUCGAGUAAUUUCUGUGGAAACCUCAACCAACAAAGUUGCCCAGCCAGAGCAAUUUUCAGUCGAAAAUUCGACCAGGACCCGAAUUCGAAAUACAAAUGACAGCCCUAACGUACAUCAAAAAACCCCAACCAUUCCGCUAAAGCAAGUAAUUGAAAAUCUUAAGAAUCAGCAGAAAAAAUUUUCAGGCACCCCGCAACCGCAAAACUCUAGCGAGGAUUUACAGUUCCUUACCAAAACUCCUUACAUGCUUCAAAAAAUAUCAGUGCAUCAACUCAUACAGGACAGGAAGCACCGUCAGGAAAGUAGAGGUAAAAUAUUGAACAUCAUUUUAGCCGGUUCACCUGCAAAUCAGCAACAAAAAGUAGGAUUAGAAAGUGGUCAGGGGACGAGCCAAGAACCAAUUUACGAACCUCUACAAACCCAGGAAAUACUGAUUACGCGUAAAAAUAAGGAUGACAAAAAAUAUCAAGAUUUCCUAAAUUCUGACAGUGCGAAGCCAACAGUUGUCUCCCCAGUGGCUCUCCCCAAUGAACUUAGGAACGAAGAUCCACUCCAGGAUAGCUGGAGAGACUGUAUCGACCUUGAGGAAUCUCAUCUUGAAGAGGAAAAGCAGGUUGGAGAUUUAAAUAUGGCGGGAAACCUAACAACAACAAGCGAUUCUGGCUGCCCGGCAGAUUGUACUUCAGCAACCAUACUGGACAAACCAACCCCAGGAGAUGCCAAUUCAACCUUAAAAUCUGAAGAAUUACCCUCAUCUCCCACAAAAUCUUACGUUCGCACACAUCUUCACGGAUUUAAUACCACCCUAACCGAGGAACAAUUAGAAACCUUGUGCAGCAUUUAUGACGCUAACCCCAUUCCGAAUGACUUCUUAAAGAAAGAAAUCCAGGAUACGACUGGUUUGGCUCUGCCGUUGGUCGAAUACUGGUUCCAGUGCAGACGAAAUAGCGACAUCAAUUUCCAAACCGUUCUGAGCCAGAGGAUGAAACAAUUGGGAAUUGGUCAAAUGGUGAAUUUAUCGUUCCGGAUCGCGAUCACCCUUCCACCCCUGAAUGUCAAUAUUGACGGAGAUCCAGUUCCAGUCGCGAGACGAGAUUACUUGCGCCAGUCGCAAUUGGACACUUUGCGAGCUUCAUACACAACAAACUCGGCACAGCUAAGCACCGAUGAGCUGACCUCUCUGACCACCCAGACCGGCUUGAGUGGACGACAGAUAUGGAUUUGGUUUUAUAACCAGGUCACACUGGAUUUUAAGGAAUUGGUAGAAAAGGGUGAACCUGUUAUGGAAGAAGCACAAGUAGUUGAAGAAGGUGAACGUACGACAGGAGUCGAUCUUGAGGAAGAUGCUCAAAUAGUUGAACGAGAGGAAAAUAUCACAGGGGAUGAUGAUGAGGAAGUUGCUCAAGGAGGAGGGGGAGGCGAAAGCACGUCAGGGUCCGAUCUUGAUGAGGGUUGGUGUGUCGUUAGUUCGGUUGGAGGAAUGGAAAAGGAAUAACUAAUUAGGAACAAAUUUUAUAAAUUCAGUACUUGCAUGCAUAUACAUAUUUGUAUACAUGCACCUUAUUUAGCUUAUUCCUUGAACAAUUAGUUGGCUAAAUAUCUGCGAUUAUUUACUUUCUGUUAUUAUCAAUCAAUUCUUGGUGUGGUACACGUACAUAGGUUUAAACGGGAACCGGAGUUAUUAGGAACAGGUAAAAACUACCGCAAAUUGUUUCAUUCUAAAACUCAUGAAUUACGCUAAAUUGCUAAAAACAAUGUAUUAGGUUUAGUGUAAAAUUAAAUUUGGUUAAUAAAAUGACAUCCUCUGUUAAA